AUGGCCAACGACUUUGGUUUCUUUUCCUAGUUCGAGGGGGGCAGCACUGAGGAGGACCUCACCAUCACCUUCCUGGCCCAGCAGAGGAGCGGGAUCAUGGACAUCGAGAACGAUGAGGGCUUUGGGCCUACUGACAGGAUUGGUUCGUCCAGGCAAGUAGCCCCAGCAGAACCAGCUGAUUUCCAGGAUGGAGGAGCCACUAUCAAUGGAGAUGUCUUUCAGGAGUCCAACGGCACCACAAAUGCCUAUGCAGCCAUAGUCAAGACUGAUAGGCUGAUCCAGGAACCUGAGAGCAUCCGCAAGUGGAGGAAGGAGCCCCUGGAGGAGCUGGAUGCGGCAUCAAAGCAGGCAUGGCAUGAGAAGACCAAGAAGGACCUGGGGGAGUUGAACAUGGAUCAGAACGAGCAGAUGGAGAAGAACCAGGCAAAAAACAGGGCCUCAGAGGAAGCAUUCCUGAAGGAGUCCAAGGAGGAAAUCUAG